AUGUCACAAUCACAAGCAUCCGAAUCGCAGACAUCCUUCUAUGCUGAGUCGUUUCUUGAUCCUAACCUCCUUCAACCAGAUGAUCCCUUUGAGCUACCAAGCAGCCAGCCAACAGUGUCUUCAAUACCAAUCUCAGAUUUUACCUACUCUCUACGUUACUCCGAUGCCCCUACUUCACUUACGCGCGUUGGCCCUACCCUCCAAAGAUUCUGGGUCCUCUAUAAUGCCGACAAAGGGAUGGAGGUUUCUCGGAAACAGUUCGUGGAUUGGUGGUUAACAACAGACUUUGGCUUAAGGAAAGAGCUACAGACUACUAUCCGCUGGGACGGGAAGAAAAAGUCUGAUAUCUGGGAGCGCUUUGAUCAGGUUGCACAUCAAAAGACCUGCGAGCCUAAGGUUAUGUCGCUUGUCGUACCGCAUGCCCCACCUAAUAAGAUAUUCAGUCAGAAUGUCUUUGAGGAGAAGCUUCUUGAAUUCAUUACAUCCGCCCCACUCCUAUUUCGAAUCAUUGAACAGACACAGUUCAAGGAUCUACUCGAUAUGGUGCAAUCAGCUAGUUCUAGGCUCAAUAUUCCUUCCGCAAGGAGUAUCCGGCGCCGUCUAGAAAUGUCAGUGGAAAAACAACAUCAGAGCGUUCUUAGUAAACUUCCAGAAGGAAGCCGCCUCGCUAUUGCACUUGACUGCUGGACAUCUCCCUUUAACCAAGCAUUUAUGGCGAUCACAGGCUAUUUUCUUGACGAGAAUUGGAACUAUAUGGAGGUGCUUCUUGGUUUUGAGCCUCUCCAUGGGUCACAUACUGGAGGGAAUCUAAGCAAGACUGUCAUUCAGAUCCUCCAGCAGCACAGCGUCGCCAACCGGGUAUCAUCAAUCACCACUGAUAAUGCAUCGAACAACAACACUAUGAUCACAGGUGUCCAGGAGAUAGUACAAUCACUCGGUCUAAGCAACAACUCUAUUCUCCGAGUUCCAUGUAUUGCUCAUGUGAUUCAGCUUAGCCUAAACCAGCACCUCGGAAGGAUGAUAGCAAAGCCAGUGAAUCAAGAAGUAGAGACUGAGUGGUCUGACAAGCGCACCCGGUCGCUACAAUCUCGGUGA